AUGAGUGAAAAAAAUUUAGUCAAUAAAAAAGUUGAUUCAGAUGAUGAUGAAGAUAAUGAUGAUGAUUAUUGUCCGACAAAAACUCAUAAUGAACAAUCGGAUCAAAGUGAUGAAUCAGAACAUAAUGAUGAUGAUGACGAUGAUAAUAAUGAUGAUGAUACUGUCAAUGAUCAAAAUCAACAAACAGAUAAUAAAAAUCAAAAUGAUUUGAAUGUAAAACCUUAUGAUGAAUCCAAAACAAAUGACCUUUGGAAGAAUUUUACAAGUAGUACGAAAUCAUCAUCGAUAAAGAUAGAUAGUCCAAAGACAACAACAGAACUACCAAAAUCAACAAUACAAAAUUCAAAACCAAUAACAACUAAUAAAAUACUUGAAUUUGCUGGUGAAAAAAUUUCAGUGCCAGUUACAACAACUACAACGACAUCGACAGAAAAUUCAUCUUUAAAACGACCAGCUUCUUCAUCAACAACAUCUAAUUCCGUACUUGAUCGUCUUGGUAUUGGUAAAAAGCAAAAAUUAUCAACAUUAGAAAAAUCUCGUCUUGAUUGGAAAACGCAUAAAGAAUCGGAAUCAUUAAUAGAUGAUUUGGAGUCUCAUCGACGUGGCAAAGAUUCAUAUGUUGAAAAGAAAGCAUUUCUACAACGUUCAGAACUACGUGAACAUGAUCAUUAUUUAUUUAAUCAUAAGAUUUCAGAUAACAUUCUAUUAGGAGAAGGCAGUGUUGGUAAAACUUCAAUUGUUCUACGUUAUACAGAAAAUUUAUUUAAUGAUAAACAUCUUGAAACACAACAAGCUUCUUUCAAAACAAAAAAAUUAAAUUUGGAUGGUCGUCGGGUUGAUUUGGCUAUAUGGGAUACAGCAGGACAAGAACGAUUUCGAGCACUUGGUCCUUUAUAUUAUCGUGAAGCAAAUGGUGCUAUACUUGUAUUUGAUAUAACAGAUGAAGAUUCAUUCGAUCGAGUAAAAAGUUGGGUAAAAGAAUUAAAACGAAUGUUGGGCGAUGAUGUAGUUUUAUGUAUUGUUGGAAAUAAAAUUGAUCUUGAAAGAGAUCGCCAUGUAUCCAUGCAAACAGCCGAAGAAUAUGCUCGAUCAGUUAAUGCAAAACUUUAUCAUGCAUCAGCUAAAUUAAAUAAAGGAAUUGAAGAACUUUUUAAUGAUUUAGCUGCUCGUAUGCUUGAAAAAGUACCAGCAACUUCAAAUAAUUCGAAUGCACUUCGACCAAGUGGAAUUCCCAUUCAAUCAUCUUCAACAACAGGUGAAAAUGGUCGGCAGAAGGCUGGCUCUUGUUGCUAGUGCUUUGUUUUUUAAAUUUUAUGUUUAUUCAUGUGAAAAAUCGAAGUUUAAAAAAAAACCUAUUAUUAUUUUUUUUUUCAUGCUCUUAUUUUCUAUUAUUAUUAUAAAUUUAUGUUCAAUUUCUAACUACAAAUUCUCUGAUAUUUCUCUCGGUUGAUCGAUACACAAUGUACGUUCUAUCAAAACUCGAAAUAGAGCUACACUUUUUUAGACUUGAUCUUCAUAUGAACCUCCUCAAAGUGUUUGUAUCUAUCAUCGAUUUUCGCCGGUCUUGUCUGUCUUUAGCGGCUGCUGUCUUUGUUUUUUAUCUACUAGCAUUAUGAUAAUAAUUGAAUACAAGCACAAUACUUUCUUGAUAACAAGAUAAGGAAUGCUUGUUUUUACUGGAAUGAUGACUGUACGAAAUAUGUACUGAUGUAGUAAAGCGUGUAUUUGCCGAGAAUAGACAAAAACGAAAAGAUUAACAUUAAUAAAAAAAUCUGUUUUUAUUUUGAAAUAUUUAAAAUAAAUUUGAUGAGCUAGUUGAAGAAACAAUAUCGAAUCCUGCCAUAUCAUGAUAAUAUAAAUAUGAAUUAGAAAACAAUAAACAUUAGCCAAUGAUUCAUGUAUAAUAAUAAUAAUAAUAAUAUUAAUUGAAUAGAAAGUGUAAAAAAUAACUCAGAAAACCGGUUGAGUAAAGUAAAUCAUAUAAUGAGCGAUGAACAAUCUAUUAUUAGACAUGAUUAUGUCCCGUUAAAAUGGAAAAACAAAACCAUUUCUUCCAUAUUAAUCUUAGAUCACAUAAUAUUUCUGAAUAUGUAACCUGUUGAUAAAUUACCGAAAAAAAAAACUUUUCAGAGCUUAA